GGCUUUCUGCACUUGCUGCGCCGCGGAGACCGAGGGUGUGGUGGAAGAAGUUCCCCCAGCCGCCGCCGUGGCGGUGGCGGAACCUCCCAAGGCUAAGGUCGUGGAGGAGGAGCCAAAAGUACCGGCUCCCGCGCCUGGCGUGGUCUUCACCUUCUUGACUCCGGACAACACUUACAAGGAGGUGACCUUCAGCGCCAAGCCCCUGGGCCUGGACUUCAGCAAGUCGGUUCCGAUGACG